AUGGUCACGGAUAUGUUGAAUAGCAUCAUUGUAUUGGCCAAGUACUCAAAAAUACCAGAAAGUCGACUUGUCGGAGGAAUCGAGGCAGACCCACACUCUUGGCCGUGGGUAGUACAACUCACCUACCGAGGUGUGCACAAAUGCGGUGGUGUCUUGAUCGAUGAGCAAUUCGUAUUGACAGCAGCACACUGCUUUUCCAAGAACCGCAUCCCAUUGAUGUACCGUGUUCACGUGGGAGCACACAGAUCAGGUGGCGGCAGAAUCCACUUCAUCCGUAAUAUCUCCAUUCAUUCAUUGUUCAACGUGCUGUGGCCAAGCUCCUACGAUGUAGCAUUAUUAAGGAUUAUGCCGCCGGUUAAACUCAAUGGGAGUACAACUGUUCAGAGCAUUUGUCUUCCAUCAUUUUCCACAGUCACCCAUCAGAUGUGUGUCGCUGCAGGUUGGGGCAUGACAAAGGAGCAAGGGCGGCGAUCUGAUGUGCUACGCGAAAUCCACGUUCCAAUCGUCCCAUUCACCCAGUGCAACAACAUGGCCCACUAUGCAGGUCGAAUCCAUUUCCCAUCUAUGUUCUGUGCCGGUUAUAGCGAAGGCCUUAUUGACUCAUGUCAGGGUGAUUCCGGUGGCCCAUUGAUGUGCUCUAACAUGGGACGCUGGGAGGUUCAAGGUUUGGUAAGCUGGGGGAUCGGAUGUGGUCGACGAGGUAAACCCGGUGUGUACUCAAAAGUUUAUGCAGCUCUACCAUGGAUUCAGUCAGAGAUGCAAAGGUUACAAGCAUAA